AUGGGCAGUAUUGAUCCCGCCCCUCCAACUUCUAUUCCCACAGUGGACAUCAGUCCCUGGCUCGACGAGCAUGCCUUACCAACCGCUAAGGAGGAGGUUGUGAACGCCAUGCGUGAUGCAUGUUCCACCUUUGGUUUUUUCUAUCUCGUUGGUCAUGGCAUCCCCGAAGAGGAUUGCCAGACCGUGCUCGAAUGCACUCGUCAGUACUUCGCCCUCCCAAAAGAGGAAAAGAUGGAUACUUGGAUUGGUAAGGCCAUGGGAAGGUCGUUCCGUGGCUACGAGCCGCCUGCCCUUCAGAUACAUAAGGAGGGAUUAUUGCCAGAUACAAAGGAGGGGUUUAUUCUCGGUCGCGAGACCCCAGCAGAUGCUCCCGAGGCCGGGACCUUUCAUACCGGCCCUAACCAGUGGCCGAAGGGGCUUUGUGACGAGGACUUCCGCGUACCCCUCAUGAAAUACCACGGCAAAAUGAUCGAGAUGGUGAAGGUUAUCCUGAAGAUCUUGGCUGCCGGCCUUCCCGCGGAGUGGAACUGCCCAACGAGCGUAUUUGAUGAGUUGACGGUCGAUCCGUCAGCACCGUUGCGGCUGCUCUACUACGCUCCUCAAGCUAGUAAGCAGGCAAACCAAUUUGGAGUGGGCGAGCACACCGACUUUGGGAACGUCUCAGUCCUGCUACAAGAAGAAGGGACCGAAGGCUUGGAAGUCCUGUAUCCUCCAACUCAGACUUGGGUUCCCGUGCCAGUAAAAGCACACUCUUACGUUAUUAAUAUGGGUGAUAUGAUGCAGAAGUGGACAGUCGGGUACUAUCGGAGUGCGCUUCAUCGAGUUGUGAAUUCCAGCACCAAGGCGAGAUAUAGUGCCCCUUUCUUUAUGAACGGAAACUUGGAUCUUAAAUGCCAUGCCUUAGAUGGGUCUGGGGAGGUGACUGUUAUUGGGGAGCAUAUUCGGCGGAGGCUGAUGGAGACAAUCGGUGGCGAGGCGGGAAAGAAGUUAGGACUGUGA